UUCCUCUGUAGUGUGUCGACUUGAAAAUGGAGUUUGAGGAAGGCAGAUGUGUUGCAAGUUCUCAUUGAAUUUUAAUGGUGUUUUUGCAUCAAACUUUUUCAACUCUGAAGAUUGGACAUUUAUCCCCAGAGGACGAUACUGUAACUUUUCACCAUACCGUCAACCGAGGUUGCCUUAAGAAUUGCUGCGUUUAAUGUGCCAAAUGUCGUGUGUUUGGUGGUUUUAUUAAGCGCUGGAGUUUAGUUGAUUGUUGCUGAGGGUGAGGGUGAGGGUGAUGGUGAUGGUGAGGAUGUUGAUGUUGUGGUGGUUGUUAGAUUGUGAUGCAGGAAAAGAAAUAACGACCUCCAGAUUGCGUUUCACGUUUUUAAUUUAGAUGCCAUUCCCUGUUUUUAGAAAGAAAGUGGCGAUGCAUUUUUAAAGAUUUUAUAUAUUUUUUAGACUUUAUAUAAACCAGUUUUUUUUUUCUGGAAUAAAAUGGUGAUAUUUGCGGUUAAUUUCCCCGCCGUGGCUCCCUCGUCGGUGUUACUGCUAGGAUUUGGAUCCCGGUGAGAAAAGAUGAGCGAAGAAUCGGGAAAUCCAAACAACGAUGAUAGUUAUGCACGCGUGCGAGCAGUGGUGAUGACCCGAGAUGACUCAAGUGGUGGAUGGCUGCCGUGGGGAGGGGGUGGACUCAGCUGUGUUACGGUCUACAAAGUCAGUCGCCAGGAAGAAAAUGGCUGCACUGAUUUUCUUAUCCAUGGAGAGAGACUAAAGGACAAAACAGUGGUUUUGGAGUGUAUAUUGAAAAAGGACCUAGUAUACAACAAGGUGACUCCAAUAUUUCACCACUGGAGGAUCAGUGACAAAAAGUUUGGACUCACUUUUCAGAGUCCUGCUGAUGCAAGAGCGUUCGACAGAGGCAUUCGCAGAGCCAUCGAGGAUAUCCACCAAGGUUGCCCAACAUCAUACAGUGAACCAGAAAUUGAUGAAGAUGGCUUGCAACCAAAUCAAGAAUAUACUUCUAACAAUACCCCAACAAAAGAGCCAUUCUCUCGACACAACAGUGUAGUGACCAGUGAGCCCUGUAGAAGCUGCUAUGUCAGAGCUCAGCCAUUUGAGGAGUUUAAUGCUUCCCGGAGACUUUAUUUUCCUCCCCAUAAAAACCAGGUCUCAUUCAAGUCGACGCGACACGUUAGCUUUCAAGAUGAAGAUGAAAUAGUUCGAAUAAACCCUAGAAAGGACGUUUUAAUUCGAGGCUACGAGGAUUAUCGUCAUCCUAUUAUGUGGAAAAAUGACUUGGAAAGGGAGGACACAGAUUCCAGUGUUCCGUUUUCCAAACCAGACUCCAAAAAUUCUGAAUACCUUUAUCCCUGCAGUGAUGGAACUGAAUCCAACCCAGUCAAAGACUCCAAGAGUUCGGUGGUGUUUAAAACCCAACCUUCUCCGCUACUGAAACCGAAGAAGUCAAGACGGAGGAAGGAGGACGGGGAGCGCUCACGCUGUAUAUACUGCAGAGAAAUGUUUAACCAUGAGGAUAACUGGAGAGGACAGUGCCAGGAUGCCCCAGAUCCCAUAAAGAGAUGCAUUUAUAAAGUGAGCUGCAUGCUUUGUGCGGAGAGCAUGCUCUACCACUGCAUGUCAGAUUCGGAGGGCGAUUUCUCAGACCCUUGCUCUUGCGACACUAGUGACGACAAAUUCUGCCUGCGAUGGCUAGCUCUUCUAGCCUUGUCUUUUAUUGCACCCUGUAUGUGCUGCUACCUUCCCCUAAGGGUAUGUCACCACUGCGGUGAGGCAUGUAGGUGCUGUGGAGGGAAGCACAAAGCAGCUGGAUGAAAGAAAAGCCUGCAUAAAAGGAAGCAGAGCUUAGCAUCUCUAUCUCCAGGAAGCAUCUCUCUUGGAUCUUUUGGAGAUUUGUUUUGGCCAGCAGAAACGGAUUACCGUCUGCGCAAGGAGCCGUGUUAUAAAGCUAGAUCAGAGGAAGCAGUUGAGAUUUCAGACGUGAAGAUUACUAAACAAGGCAACCAUGCCUAACUUCGUUCAAACACAUAGUGUAACUUGUGAAGGAGGUUUUGGUUUUUUUUUUUUUGUGAAGAAAGCAAUUUCUUGCUUUCUCAGCUACGUGCAGAGAGUAUACAGUAUGGUUUAUGCUAAAAGGGAUCGUUCUUGCAUAUUUUUUUUGUACAUUUGCAAUUGGGUAACAAGGGUCUUAAUGUAAUUAUUAGACUAAAAAUACAUUUGAUGGUCAUGUAAUUUUCAAGAUCAAUUAACAGUGGUGAGUGCAACUUAAUCCCUUGCUUUGCAGUAAGAUGUCCUAUGGUGGACUUUUUUUUUUCUGUGUCAAAAGAACAAUGCCAUAUAAUUUAACAAAAAUCAAAGAUUGAUUUUGAUAGUGAUAUUGUUUUUCCAUCUAUCCCACAUGUAGAAUAAAACAUUAUGGUAUGUGUUGCUUUCCAUUUUUGGUGAAAAUAUACAUACAUGAAGUAUUGUUAUAGUUAUAUUCUAAAAAGGUGAUGACCAAUGUUUUCUUCACACACAUGCAGACUAAAUCAUCUCCCUUUUUUCUGUUAAGAAAAACUGUAUUAAUAUUUAAGAUAUUCAUCAGUUUUGACAAACUGACGUUUUGCUCAACCAGCAAGUUUUUUUUGAAGUCCAACACAACACAUGUACAACUGCUGAACACUUUAGAUAUAGAUAGAUGUAUCCCUCUCAAGAGUCAUGAUUAGAAUCCCUUAUUUAAGUAUUCAAUGCCAAGCUUUGAUUACAUAAUGGUGACCAAAUGUAGGUACCAUGAAUAUUCCUUAUUUCAAAAUUGGAUGGUGUACAGUGUAUCUGACAACCUCAUUCAUAUAUAAAUUUUUAGUAGACAGACAUUUUAUUUUUUAAUGAUGGGGAAGUGUCCCAAGCAUUUUUUUCUAUUGCUUACUUUAAUAGUAAUUAAUAUUAUCAUUAUUAUAAUUUAUAUACUGCGUAAGUAGAAAUUAAAUUAAGAAGACCAGGUGGUAAACCCUUUAAAACUACAGUAGUAUUUCAUUUUUUUUUAACCAGUAUUCACAAUUUUUUAAUGUAAUGCAUACAUUUUAAAGUUCGCACCAGGAAAAAAGAGCCAAUUUUGUGACUAUCUUGAAAAUAUACUUUUUUUUUUUUUUUGGUAAGAUUCGUAAAACAUAAAUCAUUAAUGCUAUAGAACUGGUGGCAAGUACCAUUUUAUGGUUAGUAUGGAUUAGGAAUUCUACAUGUUGGAAUAUAAAUUAAUAAAUCUUGGUCAGGAAACCUGCACAGACUAUUUAUUUACUGUCAUUGUGGUAUGUGUUGGGAAUUUCAGUGGGCCUACAGUGAGCUCUUGCUUUAGGGUUACAUACAUAACCUAGUAAUUCAUACAUAAAAACACAUGACCGCUAGCAUCCAGGGGCUUUAUGCUUCUAAACCUAAUUCUACAUAGGUGGUGACACUAAGCAUUUCUUUCCCUUUUCUAUGCAACUUUUAACUUGGGGAAAUACUAAACUUCUAUCUGUCUAAUUUAAUUAAAAGAUUUGACACUUUUUAAUAUUUGUAGAUGUUAACCCAGGUACAAAACGUUAAACAAUUGUAAAUAAAUGUCACUAUUUAAAGAAAAAA